AGCUCUUACCUAAAGUAUAGGAUCUCACAGUACUGUUAUCUGAGGUGAAUGAAUACAUAACAGUCUAUAAGUCAUAUAUCAGCUUCUUAGUGACAGGUCCCUGGAAAACACACUGCACUAUCCACACUGGGUGCACUGAAGCAGCAUGUUGGCGAUGGUCAGCGAGUGGCUGUGGUGGGAGCGUCUGUGGCUGCCAGCAAACGUCUCCUGGUCUGACCUGCAGGACCACGAGGGCCGGGUCUAUGCUAAACCCUCUCACCUCUACGCUGUUGUGCCCUGCGCCCUCUGCCUGCUGCUAGUCAGAUACCUGUUUGAGAGGUACCUGGCCACACCACUGGCUAAUGUUUGGGGAAUUAGGGAUCGGGUGCGUCUCCCGGCAGAGCCCAAUCAUAUCCUAGAAAACUACUUCUGCAGCCAUUCGCGAGUCCCAUCACAGGCUGAUGUGAGGUCUCUGUGUAAGAAGACCAGCUGGCAAGAGAGGAGAGUUCAAAUCUGGUUCAGGAGGAGGAGGAACCAGGAGCGACCAGGGCUUCGCAAGAGGUUCUGUGAGGCCAGUUGGAGAUGUGUGUUCUACUUAUUUGCAUUUAUUGGGGGAGUCGUAGCCCUCUAUGAUAAACCUUGGCUUUAUAAUCUGAGGGAGGUUUGGGCAGGUUUCCCUAAACAGUCCAUGCUACCAUCUCAGUACUGGUAUUACCUCUUGGAAAUGGGCUUCUACCUUUCUCUGCUACUCAGACUUACAGCUGAUGUGAAACGGAAGGAUUUCAAAGAGCAGGUGAUUCACCACAUAGCCACUCUGACUCUUCUGGGUUUCUCGUGGAUCUCCAACUACAUCCGUAUUGGGACUCUUGUUAUGGCGGUUCAUGACUCCGCUGACAUACUGCUAGAGGGUGCAAAGAUAUUCAACUAUGGCAAGUGGAAAGGGACAGCCAACGCUAUAUUUGUGGUGUUCACAAUUCUCUUCAUGAUGACAAGACUUGUCAUUUUGCCUUUCUGGCUGAUCCACUGUACAUGGGUAUACCCAGUAGAGCUGUUUGCUCCCUUCUUUGGCUACUACUUCUUCAACAUCAUGUUGCUGGUUCUGCAGAUGCUCCACCUCUACUGGGCCGCUCUUAUUUCACGAAUGCUUUACAAGUUCAUCUUCAACAAGCUGGAAGGGGAUGACAGGAGUGAUGAAGACGAGGAUGACAGUGACCCACCUAAGAAGAGAAACCACCGACAGAGUCACAUGAAUGGCACUGGAGCCAGAGGCCGGGCCAACGGGCACUGAUGCAGACAAAAAAGCAGAGAGAAAUCUAUAAAAAAAAAAA